CUUUUCCUUCAUGAACCUAAGUGCUUCCUCAAACCAAAAGACACUACAAAGAAUUGUUCUAGUCAUGUCUCAACUGGGUUUUCUUUUGUGCUCCUCAUGCUGCUAUAAGAAUUUCCUUACACUCUGAAGUAGAAGCAUUGAUGCAGUAGCAAACCAAGUUCACAAUGGGAGGAUUCAAAGCUACUACAGCUCUUUUCAUGCUCACUCUGUGUAAAUCCUUCUUCAGUGUUGUAUCUGAACCAGAUGUUGUUACAGCUCCAAUGGAGAGAACAGAGCAAGAAGCUCUGCAUGCGGCGUUACGAGGAAUCGUCGGAAACGGAUGGAAUGGUUCGGAACUUUACCCGGACCCGUGUGGAUGGACGCCAAUACAGGGCGUCUCAUGCGAUCUUUUCGAAGGGAUGUGGUACGUAACCGUCCUGAACAUCGGACCUAUUUACGAUAACUCUCUCGAAUGCGCAAAUGAUGCAAAGCUCGACGAGCACCUCUUUGAGCUCAAGCACCUCACAAGCAUUUCCUUCUUCAAUUGCUUCACUUCGACUGAUCGUCCCGCCACUCUCGCAUCUGAUAAUUGGAAUAAGUUGGCUACAAGCUUACGAGCAUUGGAAUUCCGAUCGAAUCGCGGUCUAAUUGGCACGAUCCCUUCUACUCUCGGUUCGCUAACUAAUCUCGAGUCUUUAGUACUAAUAGAAAAUGCAUUGAACAACGGUGAGAUUCCUCGGGAGCUGGACAACUUGUUCAACUUGAAAAGGCUCUCGCUAGCGGGAAACAGCUUAUCGGGACCGAUUCCGAGUACUCUAGGCAACAGUUUGAGUAAUCUCCUGAUCUUGGACCUGAGCAGGAACUCUCUAACUGGUCCUGUUCCUCCAUCACUAGGCAAUAUGCACUCACUUUUAAAGCUCGAUUUGAGCUACAAUUGUCUAAACGGAACGCUCCCGAACGAGCUCUCGACGCUGAGAAAUCUCACUCUUCUGGACUUGAGAAACAACAGCAUAUGCGGCGGGUGGUUGCAGGCACUUCAAGGAAUGGUCUCAAUACAGGAAGUGCUUCUCUCUAACAACCCAAUGGGGGGGAAUCUGAUGGCCUUCUUUGAGUGGAAAAUUCUGAUUAAUCUCACCACAUUAGACCUCUCCAAUUUGAGCAUAACUGGGGAAAUUCCAGAGUCUAUGACAGGAUUGAGGAGACUGAGAUUCCUUGCAUUGGACAACAACUACAUUACUGGAAGUGUUUCUGCGGAGUUCGCAGAUCUGCCCUGCAUAAAUUCUCUCCACAUUAGCAGCAACAACUUGACUGGAGAGUUGAGGUUCCCUGAAGGGUUCUACAAGAAGAUGGGGAGAAGGUUUGCCGCGUGGAACAACCCGAAUCUUUGUUACAAUGCUAGCUCAAAGUCUGCAGGUUAUGUCCCUCUGGGAGUCGACAAGUGCGAGCACGAGAAAGAGAAUUACAUAUCCAUUACAUCUGAAGAAAACAAGCGAGAUAAGGAGAACCGAACCGCGAAUUCAGAUAGAAUCGCAUCCGUCGGGCGAUCUGCUGCCUCUAUCACCAGGUUUAAGAGGGUAAUUCUCGCGCCAUUGUUAUCGGUCUUUCUUUUUGUUAUGCUACUAUAGAAUAGAGAACUAGAGAUGCAUAAACAUAAGCAGGAACACUCUUCUAACUAUGGUACUGAUUAUGUAGAUCAGUAAACAUGCUUUUCUCUGCUUUUCUUUACCUGAUUAGCUGUUGUUUGGAGGAUCUGAAGAGAGGAAUUUUAGAUCGAAGGCGCGCGGUAUCAGCAAUGAUGGAAAGUUUCAAGUUGUGUGCUAAUUGCGCAAUCUAUGUGCUGUAAGUUAAAAGAAUGCUGACAGGGCACGGGAUG